ACUCCGCAAAAUCUGUGGUGGUAGACUUUUCGUUUCAAUACGCACCCAGUCCUGGGCUCAGGAACGCUGCGGUAUCGUCUCUCUUCAAUGCCUCCCUUCUUCCUCCCAUCUCAAACCCCUUGGAAUUUGCAAUUCUUGGAUUUUCUUCAGCUGUUCAUGGAAAACUACCUUUUUUUCCCAGUAGAAAUAGAGCUGUGAACCGUCCAAGAUCGGAUUUUUCUCUCGGGUUUUCCUCCCUUUACCAUUCCAUGGCUUCCUCGGUGCUUAAUGGAGCGGAGAACCUUCCUCUCUCUACGGGAAGAGCCCCCAGUGGACUGGGCUUCUUGGGGUCCUCUCUCCAUGGAAGACGCCUCCCAAAGAUGGGAAUGGUGCCCUUUAAUGGGAAUUCUAGGACUAGAACCAUGGUACCCAAAUGUAGCCUCUCAUCUUCUAGGCCGGCCAACCAGCCCAGGUUCAUUCAGCACAAAAAGGAGGCUUUUUGGUUCUAUAGGUUCCUUUCCAUAGUGUAUGACCACGUCAUAAACCCUGGGCACUGGACUGAGGACAUGAGGGAUGAUGCUCUGGAGCCGGCCGAUCUCUUUGAUCCUAGGUUAAAGGUGGUGGAUGUGGGUGGUGGAACGGGAUUCACCACUUUGGGGAUCAUCAAGCAUGUGCACCCCAAGAAUGUUACAAUUCUGGAUCAGUCACCCCACCAGCUUGCCAAGGCAAGGCAGAAGGAGGCCCUCAAGGAGUGCACCAUCAUUGAGGGAGAUGCCGAGGACCUCCCUUUCCCCACUGACUCCGUGGACCGUUAUAUCUCCGCCGGAAGUAUCGAAUAUUGGCCUGAUCCGCAACGUGGAAUCAAGGAAGCAUAUAGGGUGUUGAAACUUGGAGGAAUAGCUUGUGUGAUCGGUCCUGUAUACCCAACCUUCUGGCUCUCUCGCUUCUUUGCUGACGUGUGGAUGCUUUUUCCUAAGGAAGAAGAAUACAUUGAGUGGUUUCAAAAGGCUGGAUUUAAGGAUGUUAAAUUGAAAAGGAUCGGUCCCAAAUGGUACCGUGGUGUUCGUCGGCAUGGUCUGAUUAUGGGAUGCUCUGUUACGGGUGUGAAAAGAGCAUCUGGGGAUUCUCCUUUGCAGCUUGGUCCAAAGGCUGAGGACGUGAAGCAGCCUGUGAAUCCAUUCGCCUUCCUCACUCGCUUCAUCUUAGGUACCAUCGCAGCAGCAUACUUUGUGUUGGUGCCCAUUUAUAUGUGGAUUAAAGAUCAGAUUGUCCCCAAGGGAAUGCCAAUAUGAGAGAGAGGGAGAGAGGCUGGAAAGGACAGCAUGGUUUGUGUUAAUCAAAUAAUGCAUGUACUGCUCCAUGUAGGCGCUUCUAUAUUGUCUUUACUGCAUUGAUACCUUUAUUAGAUAAAUCAGGAUUAGCUGAUUAGGAGAACAAUAAUCAUAUCUGAUGGUGCUUUUAUGUGUGUGUGUGCUAUGUGUGCUAUACAAAGACAGCACAUUGUCAUCUAGCAGAAAGCAAUUUGCCAUAUACAUAUGCAGGAUAUGGUACCCCAAUUAGAAUGUAUAAUGCAGUUAUGAGCUGAUGCCUCUGCUUGC